AGCUGUAGGGACACUGCUGGUGGUUUGUGAGCUCCUCGGCCGGAAAAAUAGGGAUCUUUGUAUCUACCCCUGGUAGUAGUAGUAGUCCACAAAUCCGUCAACAACAGGGAUCAGCCAUGCCUUUCGGUAACACGCACAACCAGAUGAAGAUGAAAUACGCCUCGGAGCAAGAGUUCCCGGACCUCAGCAAACACAACAAUCAUAUGGCCAAGGUCCUGACUCCUGCUAUUUACGAAGGGCUGAGGAGCAAACAGACACCCAGUGGAUUUACUCUGGAUGAUGUCAUUCAGACUGGGGUUGAUAACCCAGGCCACCCCUUCAUUAUGACUGUGGGCUGUGUCGCUGGAGACGAGGAGACAUACGAGGUCUUCAAGGAGCUGCUGGACCCCGUGAUCCAGGACAGACAUGGAGGAUACAAACCCACAGACAAGCACAAGACUGACCUCAACUCCGACAACUUGAAGGGCGGUGACGACCUCGACCCCAACUACGUUCUGAGCUCCCGUGUCCGAACAGGACGCAGUGUCCGUGGGUUCUGCCUGCCACCACACUGCAGCAGAGGAGAGAGGCGUGCUGUGGAGAAGCUCUCCAUUGAAGCUCUGGCCUCUCUGAGCGGAGACCUGAAGGGGAAAUACUACGCCCUGAAGAACAUGACAGAUGCCGAGCAGCAGCAGCUCAUCGACGACCACUUCCUGUUCGACAAGCCAGUGUCUCCUCUCUUGCUGGCCUCAGGGAUGGCCCGUGACUGGCCUGACGCCAGGGGCAUCUGGCACAAUGACAACAAGACAUUCCUGGUGUGGGUGAAUGAGGAGGACCACCUGCGUGUGAUCUCUAUGCAGAAAGGAGGCAACAUGAAGGAAGUGUUCAAUCGCUUCUGCACCGGACUCACCAAGAUUGAGACCCUGUUCAAGGACAGAGGCCACGCCUUCAUGUGGAAUGAGCACUUGGGCUACGUCCUCACCUGCCCAUCCAACCUGGGUACUGGCCUGCGUGCAGGUGUGCACGUGAAGCUGCCCAACAUGAGCAAACAUGCCAAGUUUGAGGAGAUUCUCAAGAGGCUGAGGCUCCAGAAACGUGGAACAGGUGGCGUGGACACGGCUGCUGUGGGCGGAGUCUUUGACAUUUCUAACGCUGACAGACUGGGCUUCUCUGAGGUGGAGCUGGUGCAGAUGGUGGUUGAUGGAAUCAAGCUGCUGAUUGAGAUGGAGAAGAAGCUGGAGAAGGGCCAGUCCGUUGACGACAUGAUGCCCGCCCAGAAGUAAAGCCAUCCUGACGCCCACCCCACGCCAUUCCCCCUUCCUAAUUCUCUCUCCCUCUCCCUCUCCCUUCCAUCUCCCCUCUGUCUGAAUGAAUGUUUGACUCUGUCCUGGAAUGCACUCUGUAUUAUGCAGUUUGGAUUUGUUUAUUUAAAAUGAAAUGGUUCCUGUAAGGUGAGGAUGGAUUUGAAAUAAAAUAAAGUUCUGGUUGAA